CAGCACAUCCGCAUGUAUGACUUGAACUCCAAUAACCCCAACCCAGUGAUCAACUACGAUGGGGUGAGCAAGAACAUCACCUCGGUUGGCUUCCAUGAAGACGGCCGGUGGAUGUACACGGGGGGCGAAGACUGCAUGGCGCGCAUCUGGGACCUCCGGUCUCGCAAUCUUCAGUGCCAGCGCAUUUUCCAGGUGAACGCGCCCAUCAACUGCGUUUGCUUGCAUCCCAACCAGGCUGAGCUCAUUGUGGGAGAUCAGAGCGGCGCUAUCCACAUCUGGGAUCUGAAAACGGACCACAACGAGCAGCUCAUCCCAGAGCCAGAGGUCUCGGUCAAUGCGGUACAUAUAGAUCCGGAUGCCAGCUACAUGGCUGCGGUCAACAGCUCGGGCAACUGUUACGUGUGGAAUCUCACGGGAGGCAUUGGAGAUGAGGUAACCCAGCUCAUCCCCAAGACCAAGAUUCCUGCACACAACCGCUAUGCACUCCAGUGCAAAUUCAGCCCGGAUUCCACGCUUUUGGCCACUUGCUCUGCUGACCAGACGUGCAAAAUAUGGAGGACCUCCAACUUCUCACUGAUGACGGAGCUGAGCAUCAAGAGCAACAACCCCGGGGAGACCUCCCGCGGCUGGAUGUGGGACUGUGCCUUUUCGGGGGAUUCCCAGUACAUUGUCACAGCCUCGUCAGACAACUUGGCCCGGCUCUGGUGUGUGGAGACGGGGGAGAUCAAGAGAGAAUACAGUGGGCAUCAGAAGGCGGUCGUCUGUCUGGCUUUCAACGACAGCGUGUUGGGCUGAGGAGCAAGCUGGGAUGGCACCCCUUCGCCGGCCGAUCUGCCUUCUGGGCGGAGGAGAGGAUUCCUGUUUGGCCCCAUCGGCCACUGCUUGUUUCUGCAAACGGAGCGGAGCCCAGUCUAACUCGACCGAGGCUCCACUAAGAGUCUCUGCCCUUUGGCUUAACUGGCAGGUGCUGUAAGGCUGGCCUCUCUUGUGCUCCCCAGUGGAAGCGCCUCCUUAAAACCAGCCUGGUUUUAGACUAAAGCAGGGAAGCUGCCCUUUCCCUGGCAGGGAUGGGCAUCUUUGUCUUG